GCAACCACUUGGUACUCAACUCCUCACCAAGCAAAUUAUAUAUAUUCUUCCUUUCAAUAUCACAUCAAUUCAUCAUCAUCAUCAUCAUGGGUGUUUUCUGCCACGAGGAUGAGGCCACCUCCGUUAUCCCUCCGGCUAGGCUGUUCAAGUCCUUUGUCCUAGAUGCCGACAACCUCAUUCCCAAGGUUGCUCCUCAGCACUUCACCGGCGCUGAAUGCAUCGAAGGAAAUGGCGGGCCUGGAACCAUCAAGAAGAUCACCUUCGCCGAAGGCAAGGAAUUCAAGUACAUGAAGCACAAGGUUGAGGAGAUCGACCACGCAAACUUCAAAUACUGCUACAGCCUCAUCGAGGGAGGUCCAUUGGGGCACACACUGGAGAAGAUCUCUUACGAGAUCAAGAUUGCGGCAGCCCCUCAUGGAGGAGGAUCCAUCUUGAAGAUCACCAGCAAGUACCACACCAAGGGCGACGCUUCACUCAAUGAGGAGGAGAUCAAGGAUGGCAAAGAGAAGGCCGCCGGACUUUUCAAGGCUGUUGAGGCUUACCUCUUGGCACACCCUGAUACCUACUGUUAGAGUAGCUAACACCCACGUACAACUAAAGCUUGUGUUGUGUUGCGUUGUGUUGUGUUGUGUGUUCCCUCAAUAAUGAGUUGUUACUGCUUGAUUUUGGCUUGCUAAUAAAGGAGUUUGCGGUUGUGAUGAGAUGAUCAUCUGCUUGUUUGCUUGUGAGAUGUUGUAAUUAACUCUGAAGAAUGCAAAGUGAAUGUUCUAUCACUUUUUGCAUAUAUAUAAGAAAUCAUCCGGAAGUUAAUAUA